AUGUUGCUUUCAGAAUCAGAACGGUGUGACAAACUUGAUGAUGGUCUUAUCCUAUUAUUGAAACCAUUUUACGAGGCUACCAAUAUAUUUUCUGGUUCAAGCUAUCCUUCUAUUAACCUCAUUUAUCCAACAAUAAGAUUACUUAUUAGAAAAUUCUCACCUUCUUGUGAACAAACUGAAGAUGAUUAUGCUGAAUUAUUAUUUGGACCUAUUGGCCCAAGUCAACCAACCAAUUAUGAAAAUCCUGAUGAACUCGAUAUAGAAGAUGAAUUUGAUACACAAAUAAUUUCAGAGCAACUCCAUCAACCAUUACAAGCAUCACAAGGACGAAUGAAGAAACAAACCCCUGUUACUACCGAAGACCUAUGUGAUUUAGAAACUCCUGAAGAAAUUAGGCUUGUAGCAUUAUUCUUGGAUCCUAGAAUUAAGCAUCUGAAGUUUCUUAGUGAUGAAUCAAUGAAAAGAACUAUAAUUAAUAGGAUGCGAACACUUUGCGAUGAAGAAAAAUGCCAUCAGCCCUCAGUUGAGCUUGACAAGUCACCUACUAUGUCAACUCUCGAACCAGCAACAACUAAUGACUUGAUUGCAGAUUUAUAUAGUAGCGAAGAACCUAACGAUGAAAUUCUUAAUGAAACUGAAGUUGACUGGUACCUUCGUGAACCUGUUGAGAAAAUAGGCUGUAAUCCACUAGCAUGGUGGAAAGAUAAAUCUGGAAUAUAUCUUGCAUUAUCAAAUCUAGCUCGAAAAUACUUGUCAGUGCUAGCAACAUCGGUCCUCUCAGAACGAUUAUUUUCAGAUGCAGGAUUACACAUUAUGGCAUUACAUAACAGGCUUCAUCCAGAUAUGGUUAAGCAAAUGAUGUUCUUUAAAUGUAAUAUGUAG